AAGUACAUAAUCUCAACUGUUUUUUUUUUUCCGAAGUUUACAAUAGCAUUACAAUUACAAAAGCAGAGAAGUGAGUGACUGAGUGUUCCAUUUUUUGCAAUUUUUACCAUACAGAACAUCAAUGAUCAAACGUUUGUAUUUUAUAACAGUUGUUUGAAAUUCUUCGUCUAAAUAUUUAGUUAUGGCAACCACGAUAUUUCGAAUUUUUGCGAAUGAUUUUUCUCCGUCAUUGAAACAUCGUAUUCAACAAAUUCGACAUGGACAUCGUAUACGAGGAAAGCCACCGAUGAUCGCUCAUACUUUAAAACAGCGACUCGAAUCUCUUAAUGCAACUGACCCAACGGUGUCAUUUAAAGUAAAUAUUGGCUUUUCUAUUCCAAAACGUUCCAGGAGAACAACAGAGAUUUGGAUGGCUGAAAAAGAGGCUAUAAGAAUGAAUCCUGAAGCAGAGAGACAAUCGAGGAAAAGAUUAUUGUCUGUUGAUCUAAAUCAAGUGAAAGAAACAUGGUUAGAUACAUUGGGUCCGAUUCAUGUUCAUAAAAUUGCUUACCAUUAUGGGAUCUUUCAAGAUUUAUUUGGUGAUGCAUAUUUUAUGCCUGUUGUACCAUUAAAGAUCGAUUAUAAUACAAACGAUGAUACAUUAGUCAGAGUUUACACAGGGAAUGUUAUAAAACCUAGCGAAGCAGACAAACCCCCAAUUAUUAAAUAUAAAGCUGAAACAGAUACUUUAUGGACUUUAAUAAUGAGUACACCUGAUGGCAACUUGCAAAAUUCAAACAAUGAAUAUUGUCAUUGGUUCCUGGGAAACAUUCCUGGAAACAAUAUAGAAUAUGGUGAACAAAUAAUAGAUUAUUUAAAACCAAUUCCAUGUAGGGGAGUCGGUUAUUAUCGUUAUAUAUUUAUGCUUUACAAACAAAACCAACCUUUGGAUUAUACAAAGUAUAAAAAACCAUAUCCCUGUUUACAAUUGAACAAGCGUGAUUGGAAUACAUUGAACUUUUAUCGGGAACACCAAGAAAACCUUACCCCUGCUGGAUUAGCAUUUUUUCAAAGCGAUUGGGAUCCUACAGUAAAAAAAUUUUAUCAUUCAUCAUUAAACACAGAGGAACCAAUAUUUCAGUAUGAUUUCCCAAAACCAUACAUUAAACCACAGACGUGGUUUCCUUUGAAAGAACCAUUUAACCUUUAUUUGGACAAAUACAGAGAUCCUAAAGAAAUAAGUAAGGAGUUUCUAUUGAGAAAGAUGAAAAAUGUUCAUCCCUUCAGAGAAGCAAAACCACCACUCAAGUAUCCUAAUGCUUGUGCUUUCGAGAAGAAUUUACCUUCUUGGCUCAAAUUGGAAAUGAAAAAAGAACGUAUAGGGUGGGGACGAGUUAAUGAUAUAAAAUAAAGAAUUUGUAUCCAACAGUUGCUCUGCGGAUUUGUCAGAAGACUUUUGUAAAUAAACCAUUGACGAGUACCACG